UGGUCGAUUUUUUAAGGAUGAUCAAAAUAUUUCUAAACCUUUUAUCUUACCAAAAUCUUCAUGGGAAGAAAUUGGCAUACUAAUGCAAAAUAAUAGAAAAAAUAUGCCAUUAGAUUUUGGAAGACCUCCUAGAAAUAUAUUUAAACAUAAUGCUGGAUAUAAGGCAGAAGAAUGGGCAAAUUGGAUUACUUUAUUUUCA